AUGAGCCCGAACGUCGAGGAUUCCUUGGAGCGUGAGGAGGUCGUGGAGACCGACUACCCGUACUACACGGAGUGGUCCGAGAAGAUGGGAAACUUCCACCCCAAGUCGCUGGUCAACUUGACAAUCGACGCGAAGUCGACUGAGCUUUUCUACGAGAGCGUGACGAAGCAGCCGACUACGAUCAAGGGCAUGUUCUAUACACAGUCGCGGGACGACUACCUCGGGGUCUUCGUGACCGUCAAGUCCCCAAUCAGUAAGUGUCUGCGUCAGAAUACAUGUGCUUAUUUAUUUUUACCCCUGUCCGUUAAAAAUCGCGCCAAUGUCGGCAACGAGGUUCUGUACAGCCACGACGCCCCCGAGGGCUUCUUCUCUCUGGAGGCGAAGAUGGUGGGAAACUACGAGAUUGCGCUCACCAACUCCCACUGGAUGACGCCCGUGUACGUCACGUUCGCCACGGGCACUGACGACCACUCGAUCCUCAAGUCGGAGCACGUCGAGAACACGUUCAACCGCGUGAAGAAGCUCGAGGAGCACAUUGACAACAUUUACUCGCAGUUCCGCUACUUCUGGACCCACAACAACCGCCAGAUGAUCGCAACGAAGAAGGCGCAGGGCCGCCUGCUCCUCUACGCGGUUCUCCAGUUCUCAAUCAUCCUCAUCUGCUCCGUCGUGUCGCUCUGGUACGUGAAGCGGAGCGUGUCGAACAAGAGGAUUCUCUAA